GGCUUUCAUCUUCUCGGCGAGUCGGGCGGUAUCCCAUAAAACCCUAGCAUUAUAUAAACCCUAGGGCUAGGAGAGUCCUGCUUGUAGUUUCAUUUCACAUUAUCCCCAAGGGGUCUGUGUUUAGCGGCAGGAAUCGCGAAGAUGCAGAUAUUCGUGAAAACCCUAACCGGGAAGACCAUUACUCUCGAGGUCGAGAGCAGUGAUACCAUUGACAAUGUCAAGGCUAAGAUCCAAGAUAAGGAAGGAAUUCCUCCGGAUCAGCAGCGUUUGAUCUUUGCCGGAAAGCAGCUUGAAGAUGGCCGAACCCUAGCCGACUACAACAUCCAGAAAGUCGACUCUUCAUCUGGUGUUGAGGCUCAGGGGGGGAAUCAUCGAGCCGUCUCUGAUGGCUUUGGCUCGAAAAUACAACCAGGAGAAGAUGAUUUGCCGAAAGUGUUAUGCUCGCCUGCAUCCAAGAGCAGUUAAUUGCCGCAAGAAGAAGUGUGGGCACAGCAAUCAGUUGAGGCCCAAGAAGAAGAUCAAGUAGACUCCGAGUCGUACGGAGAUCUUGCUGAUCUGGUGCUGUCGUGAUAGUUUGUCGCCUGUAUUUCCUCUGGUCUGGCUGUUUUGUUCAAGGAGCUUGAAUACAGAACUAUGAACAGUUUCUUUGUAAACAACAUUGUCCCCAGUUUCUUUGAGAGUGUUCUAUCAUCCAAUCUUCUGCCGUAAAAUCUACCAUUGAGCAUAUUAACCGCCGAAUUUCCCCAUUCUCUGCAUGCAAUGUAUUGAAACAGAAAUAAUGCUCCGAAGGAUAUACAACAAUCAGAAAUAAUGAUGAGCUCAGGAGGAUAUACAACUCAGAAGGUUCAAAAUAAUACGCCUCAAUGAGUUGCAGGCAUAUGUACAAAAUAAUGAGAUUUGUGAAGGCGUACGAGAUGAUUUGCCUACACUAAAAUAGUGGACAUUUAGAUUAUAGUUUGAUGUAAUUUGGUGGGAUUAAUGAGUUGAGUAAUUGUUGUGGGGUUUUCAAUUCUUUAAUAAAAUUUUGCGGUAGAAUAGUGUAAGUGUGUACUUGUGUUGGAUUGAGUUUAUUAGUUGAUAUAUGGGACAGUCCCACAAUGAUUACUAUAAAA